AUGGAUACCAUUCAGCACAAGGAUAAGAUUGACAAAUAUGAAAAGAUCCUCUUUUUCAAAGAACUUGAUGGACUUGAUUGCCUGAGUGACAGCGAGAGCGAAAAUGGUCAACGGAGUAAAGAUGAUGAUGAUGAUGGUGGUCUUGUCCCUGGAGCCUCCAUCGAGGGAAAAGUCUUUGGUCAAAGUGCUGGUCUUUGCGUUUCGGGGACAGUAUCAUCUCUGAGAGGUGGUCUCUCACAGCGAGAUCCGGUUUCGAAAUCUAUAUCGUCUACACCGCGUAGCGGAGCCGUCGAUUCCGGACAAAGACCUAGAUCAGGAUCGAGGUCGGACACGGAUUCUAACGCUGGCAGUUUGACAUCUUCUCCUUUGGCUACUUCUGAAAGAGGUUCCUCUUCUAAGCCGAACGCUGCUAAAAGAGCUCCCACGAGCACCAGACCUCCUGUUUCUGAGAACAUGAAAACUACGGACCAUCGUCUUGCUUCGAAGAGAAAGCGGGAGUAUGCUCCUAGAACUGUCCCUGAGGAUCAGCAAAUCUUCAAAGGACUGCUAUUUUUCUUUUUCCCGAAUAACGAUAUAUCCCCCUUGAGACGUUUGCGGAUUCAGCGAGCCCAGGAGCAUGGUGCUGUUUGGACCAAAACUUGGGAAGUGAAUGUUACACAUGUGAUUGUUGAUAAAGGGUUGGUUUUCAAGGACAUCCUAACGUUUCUUAAGCUCGAUUCUUUUCCGUCCAGUGUGGCUGUAGUGGACGAAUGCUAUCCUUCAGAGUGCAUCAAGUUCCGCUCAGUACUAAGCCCGACACACACUCGGUUUCGCGUAAAUGGGGCGCAGGAAUCUCCUCCACCGAUCGAUGAAUCCUCUGUCAAGUCUCUUCAAGUGAAGCCACCCAGGAGAAAAGCAAAUUCUCCUACUCCACAACCUCUCAGCGAAAGCGAACCCAGUUCAGGUCCCAAUCUGCCAGUGCCUGAGCUGCCACAUGAGGGAACAAGCGGGAUUCAUCUUUUGCGGCAGCGUGAUAUCUUGGAUGACAUUAUAGACGAAGCGAAAGCUGUGAAAGACUUGCCUCUGGACCCGUUGGAUUCUUUUGCCAGUGAAAGUUCCCCCAAUGAGGCUGACACUGACUCUGCCGAGGAAUCAGAACCUGAGGCCGUUGAGCGGAAACGGAGAAGGACAGUACGAAAAAGAAGCGCGAAGGAAAAUUGGCAACAGAAAUUCGCUUGCAUGCAAAAAUACGACCAAUCUUCAGGUUCAGAGAACCCGAACAUGCGGACUAUUGAAAUCCUUCAGCAGAUGCUUGAUUACUAUACGCGAACAUCUGACCACUGGCGGGUCAUCGCCUAUCGUAAAGCGAUCAGCGCUCUUCGGAAGCAGCCAAAGAAUAUCGUCAGCAGGUCUCAAGCCCUUUCCAUCCCAGGCAUAGGAGAGCGUCUCGCGGACAAGAUCGAGGAAAUAGUAUGGACCAAUAGGCUCCGUCGUCUUGAAAACGCAAGCUGCACGCGUGAGGAUAGAGCCCUGCAGGAAUUCCUUGGAGUUUACGGCGUGGGUAUCUCCCAGGCAUCCAAAUGGGUGGCACAGGGACAUAGGUCACUGGAAGAUCUACGUACCAAGCUGUCCUUGACGAAAAAUCAGAAGAUCGGACUGGAGCAUUACCAUGAUUUUGCUCAACGGAUUUCACGAGAGGAAGUUGCAGCACAUGGGGAAAUAGUCCGGAAGGCAGUUCAGAAGGUCGACCCAGACAUGCAAGUUAUCAUCAGCGGAUUGUAUCGCCGCGGAGCAUCCGACUGUGGGGAUAUUGACGUGCUAAUUACAAAGCCCGAUGCGAAAAUUGACACCAUACGCACGAUCAUGAUGGAUACAGUCGUGCCUAAACUAUUCAAACAGGGAUUCCUGCAGGCCAGUCUUGCGUCAACAUCUCGGGGAGACGGAUCCAAAUGGCACGGAGCGUCUACAUUACCUGGCAGCAAAGUCUGGCGGCGGAUUGAUCUUCUGUAUGUCCCUGGUAGCGAGAUUGGGGCAGCAUUAAUCUACUUCACGGGGAACGACAUCUUCAACCGCAGCAUGCGACUGCUGGCGAGUAAGAAAGGAAUGUGUCUGAACCAGUGCGGGCUGUACACGGAUGUGCUGCGGGGAGAGCAGCGAGUGAAGCUGGCCCGUGGGCGGCUGGUCGAGGGACGCGAUGAGAAGCGGAUCUUUGAGAUUCUGGGGGUACCAUGGCGGCCUCCGGAGCAUCGGAUAUGCUGAGUGCUAUACUUUCCCACAUUACGAAUACAGAUACAGUUUCUUUCAUGCAUUGGGAGUCCAGCCGCCAAGUUCUGGCUCUAGACCAGCAUGUUAUGCGAUGCAAUGGGUCCAGGGGCUGGGGGUGGUGGGCGUGAGGUUGCCAUCAGACUGUUGUUGCCCUGAACCGGUCCCAGUAUACCACCAGCGAUGUAUUGCAGGCAUCAGCAUCAGCAUUUUAUUACAUCUAUGAUUACCAUUAUUAGCAUAUAUUUCACUUUUCCCCACCCAAGCGGUUAGGUUGGGCCGAAGGGAUUGACCUGAAGGAUUGUUGUUGCAUAAGUGCGCCGCUCCGCAGCUGGAUCAGCACCACUCAAUGGAAGUAUGACAGCCUGAUGGACAAGUCAGCGCCUUGUCUGGGAUAUUAUGGCUUGUUCUACGGGAUGGCCCGUAUUGGCGGCAUUCAGCAAAGCAAUCUAUGUAAUGCAACUGGAAAUGAUUAUCAUUGCGCGGUGGCACUGCUGAAAUGCAAAUGCACAUUGUAUGUUGCUAUGAUUACCAGAACUUCUCUAUAAAUGGAUCAGGAUUUCUUGCACUUCAG